UUUUUUUUUUUUUUUUUUUUUAAAAGAAGGUAAGUUUAUUAUAUAUGUGGGGAAGAGUUUAUAGAGCAUUAUAAUUUCUCUCUCCUUUAACAAUAAAGGAAUGUUGAGCUUUACAUCUGGGAAUUAGUUUUAUGCUUUCUGGACAUUGUGAUAAUGUUCUUUGUACUCUCUUUAUUUGUUUCAUCCUGCUCAAGUGAUAUACUCAAUUGUGUUGGUUUGCAUUCCUGGCCAGCAUCAUUCCAAGUUUAUAAGACUGUUAUCCUUUGUUUUGCUGACUACCCAUAAUUCCCCUUUCAUUGAUAAUUCCUAAAUUGUGUUCAAUCGCCACUUUGUAGGGUGGCAAGGAUCCAUAGAAGCCCGGUUGUCCUGUAGAAUAAUUUCCAGCUUCUGCCCUCUAAUUGUGGCUUGAAUUUCUUGCGCUCACACAACUCUCUCCCUAAGCGUCAAUGAAGUUUAUUGUUUUGUCAUCUACGGAGAUAGAUCUGGCGUACAUAUGGUGAGGGGGAAAACGCAGCUGCGGCGGAUCGAGAACGCGACGAGCAGGCAGGUGACGUUCUCUAAGAGGAGAAAUGGUCUGCUGAAGAAAGCGUUUGAGCUCUCUGUGCUGUGUGAUGCUGAGGUGGCACUCAUUGUCUUCUCUCCCAGAGGAAAGCUCUAUGAAUUUGCUAGCGCCAGCAUGAGAGAGACCAUAGCGCGAUAUCGCAGGUACACUGUGGAUCGUCACGCUGAAAACCCCUCAGUGGAACAGGAACCAGAUGAGGACAUGCUGCAUAUGCAGCAGAAAACUGAAUGCCUGGCCAAAAAACUAGAUGCCCUUGAAGCUUCAAAGCGGAAACUUCUGGGAGAAGAUCUGGGAUCAUGUCCCAUGGAGGAGCUACAACAGAUAGAGCAGCAGUUGGAGCGGAGUGUUAACAUCAUCCGAGCAAGAAAGGUAAAAGUCUACACGGAUCAGAUUGAGCGGCUAAAAGAAAAGGAAGAUGCACUAAAAGCUGAAAAUGCAAUGCUAUGGGAGAAGUUUAAGACACUGGAACCACAAGUAUCAAAUGAAGGGAUGGAAAGGGAUGCCAUUUGCCCGGAAGGAAGUGAAAAAUCAGAUGUGGAGACUGAACUGUACAUUGGACUGCCAGAGAGUAGGGCGAAGCCUGCAACAGUGGUGUUCCAGUUCAGAUAAUUGUGAUCAGGGAAUUUUUAGUGAUGCAUGAUGUCCUUCAAUCUAAGGGGAGCUAUACAUAUUUCUUCCUCUUUAUAUGCGCCCGCAUACAUGGAGAUCUUCCUUGUUCAAAUUCCAUUAAAAUUUACAAGCAAUCAAUAAUUUAAACUCUUUUAAACCGAAAUGCGAGUGGCUCAUUUGCAACUACUUUAAACUUG